AUGGAGAUAGAACAGUCCAAAAGAAUCGAAAUAAUGUUACCAAACAAUAGUGCACCGUUAAAAAUUAAAGCCUAUAAAAAACGGUGGUUCAUUCUAGGAAUAUUUAUAUACAACGCAAGUAUUAAUUCUUUACAAUGGCUCGAAUACUCGAGCAUAACGAAUUUGGCUGUCAAAUAUUAUAAUGUCCACACUAUGGCUGUAGAUUGGUCGUCUACGGUUUAUUUUGCUAUGUAUCCACUGUUGGUGAUCCCAGUUUCGUAUCUAAUUGAAAUGCAGGGUUUAAGGUUAGCAGGUCUGAUCGGGUGUAUUGGGAAUCUUGUAGCGGUUACUGUAAAAGUACUAUCCAUUCAUAAUGACCGAUUUUGGGUAGUGAUGUUGGGCCAAAUAAUAGGUGCUGUCUCACAAUUAUUUAUAGUUUGUUUACCAACAAAAAUCGCUUCAGUUUGGUUCAAAGAAAACGAGAUUUCUACUGCUUGUUCUUUGGGUGUAUCCGGGACUCUAUUGGGCUACGCACUAGGAUUCAUUUUACCAACUCUAUUAGUACACGAUUCGAACAAUCUCGACGAUAUCGGUGAAGGUCUAAAAACUUUAUGCUGGACGUUAGUAGGAAUAAUGAUACCUGUUACUGUGGCAACUAUAACGUAUUUUCCCAAGGAGCCCAAAAAUCCACCGAAUAAAGUACAGGCUACUCUAAGGGAAAACAAUAAAAAAUUUCAAUCUAAAUACUUCUUCAAUUCCAUAAAAAAGCUAUUUAAAAGCAAAGCGUUCAUGAUUCAUUUGGUAGCCUACAGUAUAAACGUAGCAGGGAUAAACGCUGUUGUAAUAUUUUUAAACCAGUUUACUUUGCAAUACUUUCCGGGCGCCGAUGAGGACGUUGGAUGGAUGGGAUUUGUUCUGAUUGUUAUAGGAAUGUUUGGUUCGGUCAUUUUCGGCAUACUUUUGGAUAAAACUCACAAAUACAAAGAAAUAAAUCUAUUUAUCUACAUAACUACCACCAUUAGUAUUGUAUUUUUGAUGUUUUCAAUGAAGUAUGAAUCUAAAGUGAUGACUUAUAUUUCGUGCGCUGUAUUAGGAUUGUUCUCAUGUGGAUACUUGCCUGUAGGAUUCGAAUUUGCGAUGGAACUGACUUACCCUUUAGAAGAAAGUACCACUACUGGCAUAAUUUUAAGCAGUGUCCAACUGCAUGGAGUAAUAUUCGUUGUAAUGUUGGGAUUUUUGAACGAAGUGCUAGAAGCUUUUUGGUCUUUGGCUGUAGUUUGUGUGAUUAUAGGCAUAGGAAACGUUUUUUUAUGUUUCGUACCUAAUCAGCUGAAGAGACAAGAUGCGUUCAAGAAAAACGAGCUUACUUUGAUUUGA